AUGGGUCCGUUGUGGCGAGGGACGCGGAAACGAGACUGGACGACGCCCGCAGCGUCCUCGCUCUGCACAAUACCGCUACACUUUUUUCUGCUAGGAUGCGGGCUCUACCUCGUUUAUUUUGCCAGUGCGCAGCUGCACCCGACGGCCAUCGAGACUUGCCAGCUGGCCCCCUACACGCGCCACCUCAACCCCGAUAAUGUGGAGCUGCAGGAGGGCGGGCCGUGGCUGCCCAAGGGCAUAAGAGAGUUCCUCUUCUUUUGGGAGUUUCGGUUGGUGCUCGGCGCUAUCUGGGCUGCUCUGCUGUACUUCUCCCCAAACAAAGCAGGACUCGUGGGGAGCAUGGUGCUGGUCGUCGGUGGCUACUUUGUGGCCUUGACAGCUGUCGAGGAGCUCAAGAUGCGCUCCGAUGACUUCGAGUGCCACACCACGCACGCUAAUGGAAUCUCCGGCCACGCGUUCUACGCCGUGUGGGCACUGUGCGCUCUUUACUAUUACUACAUGCACCUCAUCCACGAGAUCGCAGCGAAGCCCGCGUUGCGUUGGAAGAAGGCCAAGAUGAGCGGACAGCGUUCGGAGACCUUCAACUUUUCUUCGCCGUCCUCACACAUUAGCAGCGCGAGCGUACUGCCACCAGUCGAAAGCGCUGGUUCGGCGGUCGAGCAGCCUGAUGAACUCGACGCGCUGCGCCGCGAGCUGACCAGCAUCGAGGAAAUCAAGCCACACGCCUGGGAAUGGAUCGGCUUCGCGCUGGGGCUCGUGGUCGCGGUCAGCCUCAGCAUUCAGCUCGUCUACACAUACCGAUAUGGCUAUCACUCGCCUCGCCAGAUGCUCUUGGCCGCCAGCCUCGGCGCGUUCUACUCCUCGCUCUCCUCCCUCCUGUCCCAGGUCAUCAUGCUCGCACUUCGCUCCGCGCCAACCAACAAAAACAAGCACGAGUGA